UAAUUUUUAGAAUGCAAGAAGAUUUGCUUCAACCUUCAGCAUUUUAGGUAACAUUACGUUGUAAAGAUCAUAAAUAAGGAUUAAUUGUGAAAGGGUGUGUAGAAAAGAAUUGUAAAAGAAAAAAAAUACUUCUGUGUUAAUAAUGUAUGAAUGAGGAUGCUCAUAUGGAACACAAUAAUAAUGUAUUGGGAAUAAAAUAAUUCAUUGCUGAAUUUAGUUAAUCUAUUUAUUAGGCUACACAAUAAAAUAAAACAUAAUUGGAAUAAUUUCUGAAUAAUGAUGAUAAUCUAAAAGUAUAUAAAUAUAUUUAAGAUAAUAAACAUCAUCUAAAGAAAGUGAAAGAUAAUAUUGAUACUUAAAAGACUUUGGUGGCUUAAGAUAUGACAUUCAUAGUAGAAUAAUUCUAAUUACAUUUAUAAACAAUAAAAGACAAUGUUUUUAAAAAGUUAGACUAAGUUUAUUCAGACUAUGAAUCCUUAUUUUUAUCAACUAGAAAGUAAUUUAAUUCUAGAUUCUUUGCUGCAGCUAAUUACUUUUUAUCAACUCCUAUGGCUCUAACUUGUAAAUUAGGAUAAUAAGGUGAUAAUUCAGAGGAAUAUUUGAGAAAAUUAAAAUUAAUUGAUAAUACAAGUUUAGAUACACUAUAAGAUUUAUUCUCAAAAUUAUUAUAGGCAAAUGAAUCACCAAAGAUUUUUGAAUCUGAUUAAUAAAGAUUAUUAACAUCAUUAUAAGAACCCUUAUAAAAUUAUUUUUUAGGUUGGUGUUCAAAUAUAGAUCGGAUUCCAUAACCUCCUUAAUUAGUAUAAUAAUAUUCAAAUAAUUCAUAAAACUAUUAAUUGAAUUCUCCAUAAUCCCAACCAAUUUAAAGAGAGAAUUAUGGACUUUCAGAUUCAAUAGUAAUUAGUAAAUCUGGAAUAUAUUGUAAAUUUAGUAGGGCUUUAGAUCCUCAAAAAAGAGAAUGGCCUCAUGUAAAAUUGAAUAGAAAAUUUACUUUAGAUUUUAUGAUUGGAGCAGUUAUAGGAUUAUCAAAAUCAACAUUUGUUAUGAUAAGUUAAAAUGAUUUAAAAAUGAGAGUAUUUGAUACUGAUAAGAAAUCAUUAUUGGCUUUUGAUGGACACACUUAAUAAAUAAAUUGGAUAGAAUCUUUAUCAUCAAAUACAUUUAUAACAGGUUCAGAUGAUGGUUAAAUUUAUCAUUGGAUAUUUUAAGGAUAGACUGCAAAAAUAUAAGAUUAAUAUUCAUUAUCAAAUAAACCUAUAUUAGCAGGUUUAGAUUUAUAAAAUAAUUCAUUUGCAUUUAUUGAUUCUGAUGGUAGAUUGGGAUAUAAAAAUAUAACAACAAAAUUAGAAUUAUUUUUAACCCUUGUAAACCAAAGAAUCUCAGGUAGAUUAAAAAAAUAUAAAAUGGCUUUGAUUAAACCAGGAGAAUUAUUUUGUGUUUAUAUUGCUGGAGAAUAGGGAGCCUCUAUUAUUUAAGUAAAUGAGAAGUAGAAACAAUUAAUAAGAGUAAAUGCCAAUACAAUACCAUGCAGUUAAACUAUGAUACCAUUAUCUGCAAAUGAAAUAUUGAUUGCUUCUAGUAAUGGUGUUAAGGUAUGUAACAUAAAUAAGGAUGAAAUUUUAUAGGGCAAUGAUGUUGAUGUUGUUUUAAUGGAAUUUACAUCAAGUUAAAUAACAUAUGCUAUUUGUAUACCUGUUGAAAAUGGUUAAUGUAUGUAAUAUAGAAUAUAAAGAAGAGAUUAUGGACAAUAUGAUAUUUAAUAAAAAGAAUUGAUAAUUGAUGGUAUUAUCCCACUUUCAUCUAAGUAAUUUCAUUUUUAUAUUUUUAAGACUUAAACCUAGAAUACAACUAAUUAAAAAUUAAGAUAAACUUAUAAUGGUAAUUGUAGAUUAAAAUAGAAUAAACUUUGUUGAUAUCACUAUCAAAUGA